AUGCGUCCAGAUGUGGUAACGAAAAUUAUCCCCGCUGACGGAGGUGUUAUUGAAAUUGAUGGCUUCAUAUUAAAGACGGGUCCCGGAUGUCGGGCUGAAGAUACAAAGAUCACAUUGAAAAAACAGCCUGAUAGGGAUAUUGCCAUCAAGUCAAUGCUCGACUUAGGUUUACUCAAAGUUGCCCCACGAGAUGUUGAAUUCCUCCCAAACGGCUUGAAAUUCUUGAAACCAGCAGAUCUCACAAUCAGAUUUAGAAACACCGUCUCCGAUUCUAAACCUUUCAUCCUACAUGGUUCUUAUAGACGCGACUACCAAAAAAUCGUUUGGGAACCGGUAACUAAUGGUAUCGAAGUAAACAAUGUGGAGGGGAUUGUAAACGCAAAAAUUAAUGGUUUUUGUUUGUACUCACAUAUUUUGGCGAGGUGCGGAAUGUUAGGGCCGAUCGUUAGUCAUCUCAAUCACUCAUUUACAUGUUGUACAUACGUCCUCUAUCGCAGAAAACCAACGAUGGAUACAUUAGAUAUUUCCGUGGUCAUAAUAAGUGAAUUUGUCGAUGAUGAUAAAGGAGAAGAUAUUAAACAAUUAAAAAAUCAUCUUGACUUAGGUUACAUUAAAGGAGAAAAAGGAGUGUUGAAACCUGUUCACACAGAUCGCCGUCUCGAAAUGAGUUUACAUUUUCCUGGAGUUGAAAACUUUCCUUUUUCGUUCGGUGUAAAUGAGUCUCUACUGGAUUCUGUAGGUUUCGUUAUCGAUCAUUUUCAAGAAAUUGCAAUAAAGAGUCCGGUAAGGGGUAAAGUGAAGAUAAGUGAAGCACAACGAAGUGAAAAAAAGGAACUAUUGUGGAGUAUGAAUAUUUGUGAGACAAAAGAGCAGUUUGGAGUUAAAGAAGCUGAAGGUAAUUUAAAAUUUACCAGCCUUGUUUUGAAAAGUAUGAGACAUUGUAUAUCUUUUUUUCUUAGUUAUUAUGUCCGUUAACUUAGCAAUUGAGUUCGGAAAACACACGUCAGAUAUUGCGUACUUUUCGAAACAUGAUUAACUGUGAAAGAGUUCUCCUUAUUUGGGAUCAGAAUUUAUCUUAUCUGUCUUUACUUUUGUAAGUAAAAAUUUCGAAAUCCGUAAUCCGGUCUGAGUUGGUCAGAUCGCUGAUCUGUUCAGUCAUAAUACAUGGGUGUGCAGAAAUACCAGAUUUAUUUCGAGUGUUGAACAUGAUAUCUCACGAGUGAGCGCAGCGAACGAGUGAGAUAUCAUGUUCAACACGAGAAAUAAAUCUGGUAUUUCCAAACACCCAUGUAUUUUUCUGUUUAUUAUAUAAAGGACAGUCCUUGAAAAGCGGUAAUUUUUACAGAUAAGCGAUAAUUGAAAAGAAAUAAUUUUCACAUGUGCGAUUAUCAUUAACCUAAGAACUUUCAUUUUGAGCUUACAGUUGAAUACUGUUUGCAAUGCCUUUUAAUUCCUAAGAGAUUGCUUGCAACACACCUAUUUAAAUAAUUGUUUUCAAACACCUUUAUAUACUAAAGCUAGAACUAAAUCUCUUUCAAUACUUUCAUUUGCUUAUUCAGAAAAAAAAUUCCGUGGAAUUUUUAUGUAUUACCGUCAUUCUCAAACAAUUGAAUCGCUUGAAUUCUUUCGAUCAAUCAAUCAUUAUAUAUAUAAACGAAGUUACAUAAUGUCAACGAUGGAUAGUAGCGAAGUAGUUGUAGUUCGCUACUGUAGCGAACUACAAUUUUCAAGUAGCCUUUUGUUUUUUACUAUACUUUUUUAAAACAGUAGCUUGUAGUUUAAAAUUGUUAGCAACUUGAUAGAAUAGAAUGAUACUGACGACACGGCCGGUUUUCUUAAAAUCAAUAGUCAAUAGACAAUCACGACAAUUAAUAGUCAAUUUGCGCUCCUGAACACUGCAGUGCUCACAAAAAUGUUGCUUUGUGUUUACUGUUGCUGCUCGUAAGUCAAUUUGUUACAGGUUACAUUACAGCCCGAGUUAGUAGAAUGCUCCAAAUAUAGUUAAACUAAAAAUAUAUAGCGUAGCGAAAUAGUUCGCUACAUUUUUUAAGCAGUAGCUGUAGUCAGUAGCGAACUACGUUUGUUUAAAAGUAGCAGUAAUUGUAACUGACUACAUAUUUUUGAAGUAGUUGCAUGGACAGCUUGGAGCACAUACAUGUUUAGGAUGUUUACUGUAUUCUGUGACUGUGUCUGUGCUGCACAAUGUUGACUCAUCUAUAUGUAUAAAUCUCUUUUUGUAACUUGAUCAUUUCCCAAACCUUCUUUGCACAUUUCAGGUCUCUUCAUUUUAAGGCAGUUGACUUAGAAAGGAUUGCAAUAUAUGGGCGAUCUAUGUCUAUUUCAUAUUAACGUGGAACGCAUUGAUCGUGUGUUGUAAUCAUUUUGUAUUGUAGCUUUGUUAAACUUUGUAACCUGUUUCUAUUGUUUUACAAUGUCAAUGUAAUGUGUAGGUAGGACUUAAUUUGGGACUCCUCAGUCCUGUUGUCUGUACCUUCAAUCGUUUUGUUGAUUGUAAAGUUUAUAAAUAAUUGUAGAUCUUGUAGAGAACUACAAAAAUUUUGUAUAGUCAACCCAUGCACCUUGCAUAAUGUAACACAUUGCCGUAUAUGUCAAAGAAUAUGUUAUUUUGUAUUGCAUUGUAUUGUAUUAUUGUAUUUUUGCAUGUUAUUGUACUAUACUAUAUUGAUUUAUACUCCACAGUGCUAACAUAUUUCUUAUUUUUAUUUCAGUACAAUACUUAAACCCUGAACCAGAAGGUACAAACCCUGAACCAGAAGGUACAUUAGACAUCUUAUCUGAAUGGAUAUGUAUGACACGAUUCCUGGAAAAUUUUUAAUAUUUUCAAAUUCCAUAGAUCCUCUAUUAAGCCCUCUCCCGCAUGACGUUUUUAUUUCAGUCACAGAUAUAGGUGGCUUAAAGAGAAGGAUGUUUUGCUAAAUUUCUUUCUCUCAAGAUUUGUUUGAAAAGGGCAGACUUGAUAAAAAGAUUUAGGCUAAUUAUGAUAUUAUGCACCAUAGUGAAUAGCCUUUGUUUUCCAUUUCUAGUUGUGUAUUCAAACACAAAACUCACAAAAGGAGAAAUAACUCGAAUGAGCCGCAAGGUUGAACUUGAUUGGGACAACUUAGCAGGGCUCAUGGAUAUUCCGUAUUCUGAUCGAGAGGAAAUCAGAGUCGACUACCUGAAUUAUCCGGGCAUUAGGUCGAAAGCCAAAAAAGUUUUCGAGCUUGUUAAUGACAGCACGUUUUUCAAUCGUCAUAUUCUUGUAAAAUACUUCAAGGAACUGGGUCGGCACGAUUUGGAAAAAGAAAUGAUUCCUGUCGAAGACCAGGUAUUUCAUGAUGGAGAGCUUUCUUUGCCCCGUGAUCCAAGUGUCAUAUAUAUACUGGAGCUGUUCCUCCCAAUAUUAAAUGUUCUUCGUUAUAAAAAAUAACUACAGUCACUGCAGUGUUAUGCGGUAUUCUCUUUUUUCAAUAUCGUUUUCUAAGUAUCACGCAAUAACUUAGGCCUUUACUUAGAAAUAUGUAAAACAGUGAAGUAACUUGCUUCGUCUAUGCUUCCUUGUUUAUAUAAUUUUCAUUUUGUUUAAUAAAAAAGAGCAUCGGUUACCAUGGUUUGGUAAAAGUUGGUUUCUUUUUCUGGAUAGAACGUUUCAUACGAUCAUCUACGUUCCAUUUACUCCUUUUCCAUGUUUUAGAGCAUUUUAAAAUUCUCUUAUGAGUUCUGGCGAGGAAGAGGAAAUAAUGUGCAUGUUGAUCCCGAACGGGAAUUUCCGAUCAAAAUUUUUCGUCCUAUUUUGCACAAAUUCAAACCAGAUGAAUUUUUGUUGUUAAUGGUAACUAACCAAUGAACCUGAUUGUUUCUCUCUAAACAGAAUGGAAGUGAUGAAGUAGAAACAUCACCAACGCCACCUGUAAUCGCCGAGGAAGAUUUACUGCACACACCUCUCUCCCCACGUGAAAUGUCCAGACUUGCCCGACGCAUUGUGGUUGAGUGGAAACGCCUCGCUGAUCUUAUGGAUAUACCCGGAGCAGAUACGGUUGAUAUUCAAUAUAACCUUAUAUACAAUGAUGAUCGUUCUCGAGCCGAGAAAAUUUUAGCCAGUUUCAACAACAAGGAAGACUUCUCUCGUGAAAAGCUGGCUCGCUGCUUAGAAGAACUCCAACAGUUGGACUUGAUCGAACCAGUUCUCACAGGGGAGUGGAGAAAGUUAUGA